UCUCUCUCUCUCCAUAUGGCGACAGAGCUCGACGAACUCCUAGGGUUUCUGUCCGCCCCUUCCCUCCAAGUGAAGAAGGCGGCGGUCGACAUCGUCCGAGGGCUUACUGGCUCUGAUGAUGGCCUCGGCCCCCUCGGCGCCCGCGCCGACAUCGCCCUGCCUCCGCUCGCUCGCCUCAUCCGCGACGCUCCCGAGCUCGCGGCACCGGCUGCCGAAGCCCUCAUUAACCUCUCCCAGGAUCCUGCUAUCGCCGAGAAGCUCAUCGCCCUCGGGACGGUUCCGACAGCGUUGGACGUUCUUUACAAGCACGGCGAUCCCAAUCUCUCACGCCUCCUUGUUAUGCUCCUUGCCAAUCUCACCCAGGUCGAUUCCGGCGCUAGUGCCCUCCUUCAGAUUGCAGAUGAUAAGAUGGAGGGUUUGUAUAUCUCAAAGCUUGUCAGAUCAUUCUGUAGGUCAUCUUCUGGUGAAUCAAAAGCAGAAGAUACCUUUGAACAUGUUGCUUCAGUACUUGUAAAUAUAUCAAAGGUGGAGUCUGGAAGAAAAAUUCUUUUGGAACCCAAGCGAGGUCUUCUUAAGCAGGCCAUCUGUCAGUUGGAUUCUACGAAUCCACUGAGAAAAAAAGGAGUUUCAGGAACCAUUCGCAAUUGUUGCUUUGAAGCUGACAACCAAUUACAAAAUUUGCUUUCAGUAGCAGAGUUCCUUUGGCCUGCUCUACUUCUGCCUGUAGCUGGCAAUAAGGUUUACAGUGAGCAAGAUAUAUCAAAAAUGCCUCUCGAGCUUGGAAAUGCACUUUCUCAUGAACGAGAACCAGUUGAUGAUCCUGAAAUUCGUAAACAGUCAUUGGAAGCUCUCUACUUGAUCUCUUUGCAAAUUUGUUAUUAUUUCUCCAGGAAGCCGGAAGAAGAGCACUGUGGUCUGUUAAUGGGCCACGAAUACUGCAAGUUGGGUAUGAAGACGAAGACGAUCCUAAAGUAAUGGAAGCUUAUGAAUUGAUUGGCUCUCUGCUGGUGAGUAACGUUGAAGCUGAACAAUGAUCAUCCUCAUAAUCAACAUAAGUUGGAGACUUCACUUGUCCACAAGUUCUGUUAAUUAGAUCUGAUAUCAGAUUCAUAAUGUGGUUCCUAUGGGAAGAUGAUGAUACAGUAGGAAGUUUGGUUUUUACUCCAAAUAGCUCGCUCAUUGUAUUAGUGGAAGAUAACACACCAUUGGUAGUUUCCUGUAGCUAUUUAUCUUUAAAAUGUCUCAUUAAAUAAUGAAAUAUUUCUUUUACAACCAUUUUGAUGACAUAAUUCUACACUAGUAUCUACAAAUUGCCUAUAUAUUUAUCUGCUGUGUUAAGACA